CUGGUGCUAGCUGUGUCUCUCCCUCGUCUUGGCAUGUGACCUCCCCACUCUCUCACUCUCUUUCUCUGCUCAGCUCAGUUCGGUCUUCUCUCUGUUUCUCUCUCUCUCGGUCCCUAUCAUUCCCAUUGCCCAAUUUAGCGCACAAACGAACCGAGCCGACCCAUCCGUCACGCUCGCGCAGCGGCGGCGGCACGGCGCGCAGCAGAAUCGGAAGCAACAAAAACGCGAGCUAAAAAGGGUAGCAAGCGCGCAAUCCCCGGCGCCGUGCCCCCUACAUCAUCGCUCGAGCCCUCGGCGUUGCGCCAUCAUUCGCGCGUGUUGCGUUGAUUCGUCCAACGCGCGGCGCGGGUCCCGGCCAUGGCGCAGCUGCCGCCCAAGAUCCCCACCAUGGCGCCGGCCUGGCCGGAGUUCGGGGGCGGGCACCACCACCGCGCCCACCAUCACCAGCGCAGCCCCUCCGUGGGCGCGUUCCUCGCCGCGCCCGUGCCGCCGCACCCGCCGCAGCACGCGGCGAACGGGGCGCAGCACCAGCAGCAGCCGUCCUGGGUUGACGAGUUCCUCGACUUCUCGUCCGCCAAGCGCGGCGCCCACCGCCGCUCCGUGAGCGACUCCGUGGCCUUCCUCGAGGCCGUCCACGACGACAAUGCCGGCGUCGGGGCGCACGACUUCGACCGCCUCGACGACGACCAGCUCUUGUCCAUGUUCGCCGACGACCUGCCGCCGCCGCCGCCGCCGCCGCCUCCGCAGGCCGCUCCCGCGCCCGCGCCCGCGCCGAGCUCGACGUCGCCGUCCGACCACAACAGUUUUAACGACGAGAAGCGGGACAAGGGCGAGACCGAGGAGGCGCAGAGCGAGUGCCACGGGGACAGCACCAGGCAGCCGGCCUCCGCCGCCGCAGUUGACCCCAAGCGCGUCAAGAGGAUCCUGGCGAACCGGCAGUCCGCGCAGCGGUCGCGCGUGCGCAAGCUGCAGUACAUCUCGGAGCUGGAGCGCAGCAUCACGUCGCUUCAGACGGAGGUGUCGGCAUUGUCCCCGCGCGUCGCGUUCCUCGACCACCAGCGCUCGCUGCUGACGCUGGGGAACAGCCACCUCAAGCAGCGCAUCGCGGCGCUCGCGCAGGACAAGAUCUUCAAAGAUGCUCAUCAGGAGGCACUCAAGAAGGAGAUCGAGAGGCUGAGGCAAAUCUACCACCAACAAAGUUUCAAGAAUAUGGAGUCCCCAGCGCCCGACGCGCCCCCGAUCCGCAGUGACAAGGACCUGAUCGCCGGCGAGGGGACCGCCGCGCCCUCGUGAUGGCGCGGCACGGAGGCCAUCCGGUCCCUGUAGUACGUGUGGCCUACUGGCCUCUGCCUCUCAUGACAACGAGGUGGUGGUGUUAGGAUUGGUGCAUUGUUUGGGGUGUAAUGUCAAUGUGAUGUAAAAAAAUCAAACUUUGAAUUGUUCAUUCCGGUUCGUUGGUUUGUUCAUUCUGCAUCCUCUGCUGGCUGCUGCUCCUCCUGAUCCUUCCACUUCCCUGAUUUUUAAUUUUGUUUCGGCAUUUUGGUCGAAGGUUUGUAGGUAAAGAAUUGUAAUUCAGAUUGGUCGAGGUCAAUUGUUUGUUUGGGUGGUUUGUGUGAUCAAUCAAAUGUAUGUUUUC